AUGCGACUGCUGGUGCGUUUGGGUGUGUUCGCCGUGCUGGUGAUCACGUUUUUGGUGUUCACUGCGUAUAGACAUGCUUCCAAAGGGUAUGGCGAUGAUGAAACUGGUGAGUGGUUUUUAUUUUUAAGACAGGGAGGGGGGGGAGUGGGGUGAAGGGUAGUACAAUGAGUUUUUUAAUAGGUUGAUUACAAAAAGAGUUUUAAAUGCUUAUAAGCGGCAGAAUAGAGAAAAGGGAAUAAUGAAAAAGGAGUUAGAUAUAUUAUAAAGAGGAUAUACAUAGGUCUAGGUAUCUAACGUGUUUUUCGUAUAUAUAAAACGUAGAUUCAUUGCAAAAAGGUAAUGAAGCAAGGUCGUCGCAAUCUAUAAUUUUUCUUGUUUAAAAAGCUUGAAGCAUAACGGAAAUAUUAGCAAAUUGUUUACUACAAGAUUAAUCAAUUUCAAAUAAAUGACUAAAGUAAAAGAAAGAGUAAAACUGGAGAAGAGCAGGGCUAAAGUUAAGGCUAGAGGUAUGGCUAGAGCUGGGACUAGAGCUAAGGAUAGAGACAGUGCUGGGGAAUAUAAAAGCUUAGUUAGGGGUGAUCUUAAAAAGAAUACGAUUAGGUUUUGCCGACGGUAAAGUAAAGCUAAAAUGGGGCUAGAGUUCGAAUAGAGUAAGGCUAGCAUGUGUAUGGCUAAAAUAUAGCUUUAAGUAGGGCUAGAGUAAUGCCAGGUCUAGGCCUCUGGGCUAUCGCUCUGGGCUAAGGCUCUGGGCUAGGGCUCUGGGCUAGGGUUCUGGGCUAGGGCUCUGGGCUAGGGCUCUGGGCUAAAGCUCUGGGCUAGGGCUUUGAGUUAAACUCUGGGCUAGAGCUACAUUUUACAAAACCUUAAGGCUGGUGUAAAAUUUAAAAAAGUCUUAAAAAAUUAUUAUUUUUUAGAUGAAGCCAUAAAGCUUCUCCUCGCCACAGGCGACAAUCCUCAAGCAAUGGCCGGUCUUUUGGCGACGCCGAACAAAGCUGGAAUACAUCCAGCCAACGAGCUGACAUUUAAUGUGGCUGUAGUGAUGGUGGUAUCACUGCUGAGUGUGGCCUUACUCAUAACGGGUAUCUGUUGUCAGUUUUUUUUUUUGCUUGCUUUUAGUUUUUUUUUAAAUUUUGUUUAAGAUGAUCAUAUUUUUGGCUAUUUUAUAUUAACAUAAUUUUCUAAAAUACGUUUUCGCAAUUUUACGCUGUAUAUUAGAUAAAAUAAGCCUGGUAAAAUACGAUUUGUUUACGAGCAUGUGGCUAAUAACUUCUUUAUAAGUCGCUUUUUAUCAUUUUGAGUAAAUUUUAAAGUAAUUUUUAAUUAAAAUAACCUUAAAAAGUAGUGAUUUUGUACUUUUACGCAAUUUCAAGAACAGACUAGACUGUUCUGUUUACUUUCUUGUAAACUACUUACUUGAUCUCAUUUAUUGUAACACGCUUAAGCAAACAAAACAAAUCUUUGAUUAACUACUUAGUUCUUCUUUUAUAAAAAACUUGAUCAACCUACAAAAAAUGUUUUAAUUUUUUGUUCAACAACUUGUAAUAGUUGACUUGAAAAUUUAAACUUUUAUGCAUAAAAUAUUUCAUUAGGUUUAAAAAGGCGUUUUUUAAAUUUAAGUACUCUUCAUUCUAAAUGCAUUAGACAGUAAAGUUAAAGUCGUGAAAACAGAGAGUAACAAUGAUUGUUCAAUUAGACAAUAAUUAGCUAAAUUUCAUUUAAAAAAUUUAUGCAUUUUUAAAAAUUACUAACAAGGAAAGUCUCAAUCUGCUUUGCUCGGUAUCAGUUAAAAAUUUUAUGCUAAUUCUAUGUAUAUUAUUAUAGUAUAUCAAAGAAAAGUUAGUGAUCGCCAAAAAAUAAGAAAUUUUUAAGUCUGAAACCCUAUCUCAAUUAAAAAGAAACAGUUUUUAUUUCUUCCAUUGUACACGAAAAUCGCUAUAGCUUAACAUAGCGUUAGACUUAGCUUUAGACUUAUCCUUACACUUCGAAAUUUGAAGUUAAUCAAAGCGGAGCAGGUCGAGUAUUUUCUCUAUGAAUUUUAUACUACUAUAGUUAAAAUUUUUACAAUUUUAAAUUUUCAGGUAUAAUAGUCGUAGCGGUGACGUUGGAUCCAGGUGAUGGAAAAUACCGGUCGGAAAACGAACCUUUAGUUCGGAAUGACACUUUGAACAUCGAUUGGGAAGGGAUAGAUCAAGACGAUAGCUCAGACACUCGAGAGUGGAAUAACGUAAGUGAGGAUUACGUUAAUUUUUUUGAGUAAGUCAUCUUUUUUUAAAUUUUACUAGAGGUGGGUCUUUUUAAAUAUUUUUUUAGAAAAGAAAGGGCGGAUCAUUUUUGAAAAUUGGAUAAGGGUUGAAAACGUGCAGAGAGAAUGAAGACGAUAGACAGUAGGCACAUCAAUCUCAAUGCCUAGCUUUGAAACUUAGGUCGGGUAAAAUACUUUUCAAAGGGUAUAUGGUAGCCGAUUUAGGGCAGGGGGCAAAGAGGGAGGAAAGAUGGGUUGGGCAGAUUUUUUUUAAAAUUUUGUAUUACAUAGAUGUGGCAUCAAAGCUUUUACACAAAGAUAAAAAGCUAGGACUAAGACAAAGAAAGUCAAAAAAAUGAUAAGAUAAAUCUCAGUCUACAGCUACAAUUUUAGGAAUCCAUGACAUGGGAAGCACGAAACGAAUCUCUUCUUGGCUUUUGGCAUCCAGUGUAA